UUCUUUGUACUCAUUUCCAUUUCCCUUUAAUUUACAACUUGAUUUUAUUUAGCCACUCUCCUGUCAGUUCUGGUGAAAGUUACUAGCAUCCAUCCAAGUUAAAGUGGAUGGAUAUCUGCACAGCAAAUAGACGAGUAGAGCUGUAGAAGCCCUUGAGGGAUCUUCCUGCCCAUUUUGAAGAGAUAAAUGAAAAGGAUGUGGGAAUGGAAGGGGUGGGCUCGCCAGUACUCAUAACACUUCCUCUGGGGGUGAACUCACACCUUUUUCUGGGGCAGAGGUGGACUGACAAAUUUCAGGACUGGCACAGAAGAAGCAGAACAAGGAUGGCAUUUUAGUACCCACAACAUUAGCCAUCUUGGGGGGAAGGGGGUUAUUGCAUGCUCACGCACACAUACACAAAAGCCUCCAUUUUUCUUGACUUGAUGAAGAUGUAAGGCCUGUUCAGCUCCCAUGUUUUUUGAAGGUGGGCAUGUUGUUUGUGACAGUAUAGAAGACUCCAUUUUUUGUGGCCAAUGACAGCUUGACCCAGUUGUUACUCCAACCAGAAGGCAUUGUUUUGAAUGUCUCUUUGUAGUGCCACAGCCAGUGCAAAAAUGAUGGCGGCUUACAAUGGCGGUACAUCUGCAGCAGCAGCAGGUCACCACCACCACCAUCACCAUCACCUUUCUCACCUGCCCCCUCCUCAUCUCCAUCACCACCACCACUCUCAGCACCACCUGCACCCAGGCUCUGCAGCUGCAGUACAUCCUGUACAGCAGCAUGCUUCGGCGGCGGCGGCAGCAGCGGCUGCAGCAGCAGCAGCAAUGUUAAACCCAGGGCAGCAGCAGCCGUAUUUUCCAUCGCCAGCACCAGGUCAGGCCCCUGGACCAGCAGCAGCAGCAGCCCCAGCUCAGGUACAAGCCGCCGCAGCUGCUGCUGUAAAAGCUCACCAUCAUCAGCACUCCCAUCAUCCACAGCAGCAACUGGAUAUUGAGCCAGACAGGCCUAUUGGAUAUGGUGCCUUUGGUGUUGUCUGGUCAGUAACAGAUCCACGAGAUGGAAAGAGAGUUGCACUCAAAAAGAUGCCCAACGUCUUCCAAAAUCUGGUCUCUUGCAAAAGGGUCUUCCGUGAAUUGAAGAUGUUGUGUUUUUUUAAGCAUGACAAUGUACUCUCUGCUCUCGACAUACUCCAACCACCACACAUUGACUAUUUCGAAGAAAUAUACGUUGUCACAGAGUUGAUGCAAAGUGACCUCCAUAAGAUUAUCGUCUCUCCUCAACCUCUCAGCUCGGAUCAUGUCAAAGUUUUUCUUUACCAGAUUUUAAGAGGUCUGAAAUACCUACAUUCAGCGGGUAUUUUGCAUCGAGACAUUAAACCAGGAAACCUGCUUGUGAACAGCAACUGUGUUCUUAAGAUUUGUGAUUUUGGAUUGGCCAGGGUGGAAGAAUUAGAUGAAUCUCGUCACAUGACUCAGGAAGUUGUCACUCAGUAUUAUCGGGCUCCGGAAAUCCUGAUGGGCAGCCGUCACUACAGCAGUGCUAUUGACAUCUGGUCCGUGGGCUGCAUCUUUGCAGAACUGCUAGGACGAAGAAUACUGUUUCAAGCGCAAAGUCCCAUUCAGCAGCUGGACUUGAUCACAGAUUUGUUGGGAACACCAUCCCUGGAAGCAAUGAGGACGGCUUGUGAAGGCGCCAAGGCACACAUACUCAGGGGUCCUCAUAAGCAGCCAUCCCUUCCUGUCCUGUACACAUUAUCUAGCCAAGCUACACACGAAGCUGUUCAUCUCCUUUGUAGGAUGUUGGUCUUUGAUCCAUCCAAAAGAAUAUCCGCUAAGGAUGCCUUAGCUCAUCCAUAUCUUGACGAAGGGCGUUUGAGAUAUCACACCUGUAUGUGUAAAUGUUGUUUUUCCACCUCUACUGGAAGAGUUUACACAAGUGAUUUUGAACCCAUCACAAAUCCCAAAUUUGAUGAUACUUUUGAAAAGAACCUCAGUUCUGUUCGGCAAGUUAAAGAAAUAAUUCAUCAGUUCAUUUUGGAACAGCAGAAAGGAAACCGAGUGCCACUGUGCAUUAACCCGCAGUCUGCUGCUUUUAAGAGCUUUAUUAGGUAACUUUCCACUGUUGCUCAGCCGUCUGAGAUGCCACCCUCUCCACUGGUCUGGGAAUAAAUGUGGAAGAUUUUUUUUGUUUUGUUUUUUUGAAAUGUACUACUGAAGACAUAAUGUAGCUUUCCACUGGAUUCUGGGAUUUGCAAUUCUGGAGGUUUAAUCAUGCUUGUACUGUAAUUUUACUAAUGAAGUUUUAAAAUUUAACAACCACUAUCCUUGUAUGAAAUAUGAAUAAGAGUUAGAAACAUUAACUAGGCUUUUAAUCACGUCAAGGGUGGGGUUGUGCUUUUAGAAGAGAAAUAUUUUAUCCAGAGUUGCACAUGGUUUGUAUGAAUUUUAGUGCAGCUGUGAUUUUUUUUUUUGCUUGGCUCUGAACAAAACUGAAGAUUGAACCAAACCGGGAAAGUUGCUAUUUUUGUGUGUCCCCCCCCCUUCUUUCUCUUCCACUCCCCCCCCCCCCCUCUUUCAGAUUAAGUGAGAUUGUGCAGACAGAAAAGAUAUUUUGAUAUUGAGCCAUUCCUGAAGAUUCGGGGUUUCCAUUUAAAAAAAAAGAGAGAGUUAAGGAAUACAGAACUCUGCCGCGACCAAUCAUGAAGUCGCAUCAGAUGGCAGGGCCCAUACUCCUUGGGCAGUGCUGUCUGAUGGUCCCAGUCCUCUAUGUAGCUUUUCACUAGCACUGUGGUGGUGACUGUGCAGUUUUUUCGAUCAGAUGUGAGUAGAGUGAAUGCAUUGUCUGUCAUUUGGAAAGAUGAGUGAGUUUCCCUUAAUUUUCCUGGCCCUCCCUUUCUGGUAUAAAUAAAUAUAUAAAUAUAUAUAUAUAUUUAAUCUAUUUUUAUUAGAGGUUUUUUCUCUUUUCUUACAUAAACAUAAACCAUCUCUUCCCGCCACCUCACGCAUGCAUCUACAAAUGUGUGUAAAUAAUUCCAUUGACAAGCUAAUUUCAAGUAAUCUUGAUAUCCAUUGCUGUGUAGAGAGAGAGGAAAGAAGAAACAGAAAUAGCUUGCACAUGUCUAGGUCUGUGAAACUUUGUGAUUUUUUUUCCUGCACUAGACAGAUGGAAGAAAAAGCGAAAAGAAAAAAAGCACAUAGGGAAUUAUGUUAAUUGUAUUUGUGUCUUUAGGCAAAGCUGUGGAAGUCUUGAAAUGUCACAGUAGUAAAUAAUUUUAAUUAAUUUUUUUUUGCUAAUUCUUUUUAUUUUUUUUCUGUUCGAACACUGAAUUAUUCUGUGCAUAAGUGUGUGUGUGUAUAUAUAUAUACACACACAUAUAUAUAUAUAUAUAUAUAUAUAAACACAAACUGAAGGCCUCUACCUCCUGGAGUUAUACAACUUGGUUUGUUUAUCUCCACAUGUUUGUUUUUUUUAAGUUCAGUGUGGAGACUUGAAACUUGAACGUCCCUUUCAACUUUUAUAUUUAAAGAAAUAAAAGGCAAGCAAAUUGUUUUUCACCUGUACAAAAGAAAUAACAAACGGAUGGUCUUAAAUUUCGAUCUGGGGAUAUAGUAAAAAAAAGUGAGAAAAACCUUGGUGUUUGUCAUGGACAAUUAACUGUUAAAGUUAUUGUAAGUUAUCUGUAUUUAGCAGAGUAUUUUCAAGAAGAGUGAUCUGAACUGGAACUAAAUACUAUUAGCUUAAAUUAUGUUUUUGGGAAGUUUUAACUUCAAUGAAGUAAUUAUUUGCUGUGAAAGAGACAAACGUUGAAUUUCUCAAACAAAGAUGAUGAAAAUAUCUUUGUCUUUUUGUGCGGCUCCUGAGGAAUUAAAUAAAAAAAAGAAAACCAAAAACCAUUGAAGCAUCUCAAUUCACUUGAAUGAAAAACAUGGUUUUUCCAGGAAGUGAGCCCAGGAAGACACUGGCAUGAAAGGUAAAAUCUCAGAGGUUGGUCUGUUUUAAAUGUGGCACACUUGCGGGUCACUUUGUAAAAUGUAGAUUUGAAGUACAGUGGUGAAGACAUUAAAUGUGACAUUUGAAACAAA